CUUUGCUAUAAGAGUUAGUUGACUGUAUAUUGAAUUACUUAACUCAAUUGAAUUACUUAACUCAAUAUUCAACCUUAUAUUCAUUGUGAAUUCAUUUUUUAUCCAUUCCUUUGAACUUUUGUUAUUAAAUCAUUAAUUAUAUUAAUUUCCCGAAUAGUUUUUACAACCUCGGACUUCAUUGCAUCUAUCCGCACUAGUAAAUUAAUUUCAUAUUAAUUACAAUUCCAAUUCCAAUUCCAAUUCAUAUUAAAUAUUUAUAUUAAAGUAUGGUUGAUAUACAAACUAUUAAAGAUUCUAAACCUUAUAAAAUUGUAAAAACAGUUCUUGAUUUUCUUAUAAAGCAAUGGUUCUUUGUUGUAUUAGGAUGUCUUAUUGCUAUAGCUCAUUCUUAUCCAAAUUUUGCCAGACAAGGUGGAUUAAUAAGAGCAGAAUAUAGUAUAGGUUAUGGAGCAGUGGCUGUUAUCUUUUUAAUUAGUGGAUUAUCAAUGUCUACAAAAGAUUUAAUGAAAAAUACUGCCAAUUGGAGAGCUCAUUUUACAGUAUUAUCAUUAUCUUUUCUUAUAACUUCAUCAAUUAUUUAUGGUUUAGCUACCGCAAUUAGAGUUAGUCAUGAUAAAAAUAUUAAUGAAUGGUUAUUAGUUGGUUUAAUUGUAACUCAUGCAUGUCCAACCACAGUAUCUUCUAAUGUGGUUAUGACAAAACAAGCUCAUGGUAAUGAUAUUUUAACUUUAUGUGAAGUAUUUAUUGGAAAUAUUAUUGGAGCUUUUGUUACUCCUGCACUUUUACAAUUAUAUAUGACUGGUGGUUGGGAUUUUGGUAAUCCAAGUCAUCAAGCUAGUGGUGAUACAACCAUUACUGAUUUAUAUAAGGCAACUAUGAAACAAUUAGGUUUAUCAUGUUUUGUUCCGUUAUUUGUUGGUCAAGUAGUUCAAAAUGUUUUCCCAAAACAAACUAAAUGGACUAUAAGUACUUUCAAAUUAGCUAAAGUUGGUUCAUUUAUGUUGAUUCUUAUUAUGUUUCAAUCUUUUUCAACGGCAUUUUAUCAACAUGCAUUCACUAAAGUUAGUCAUGCAUCAAUCAUUUUCCUUGUUUUCUUCAAUAUUGGUAUCUACUUAUUUUUUACAUGUAUAACAUUUUGUUAUGCUAGACCAGUCUUUAUUAAACGUAUAUUUAAUGAAGAACCUACUGAGAAAUCCUCAAGAUUUUAUACUAUUACUUAUAAAAUCUUCAGACCUUUCUAUUAUAGUAGAAAAGAUACUGUGGCUAUUAUGUUAUGUGGACCUGCUAAAACUGCUGCUUUAGGUGUAUCAUUAGUUUCAUCUCAAUAUGGUUCAAAUAAUCCAAAUUUAGGUAUAAUCUUAGUGCCAUUAGUUUUAUAUCAAUCUGAACAAGUUAUAUCUGCUCAAGUAUUGGUCAACUUUAUGCGUAGAUGGAUUCAUGCAAAAGACCCAAAACCUGAUAUUGAAAAUCAAGUUGAACCGCUACAAGAUGAGUCAGGAAAACUUCCAGUAGAUGAAGAUGAUGCUGAUACAAGUUCAACUGAAAAUGUCUUACGUCAGGAAACUUCUAUAUCAAAUGAUUCACGCGAUCAUAAACCUAAAGAUAUUGCUGUAGUUGGGGCUUGAUUACUAUUGCAUCUGUACUUAAUUAUUAUUUAUUAUAUUGCUCACAUAUUAUAGACUAGAGCAUAUUACAUAGAAACUUUAAUACCAAACU